GGGGGUAGGAAGCUAGAUUAGUAGCAAGACGUGAGGCUAGAACCCCGAGCGUGGUCGGUUGGAGCAGAUAUGUCUGCCCGGAGGCACAUUGGGAAUCCUGAGUACCUGACCAGACGGAUACCACAGAACCCAAGGUAUCAACAUAUCAAGUCAAGACUGGAUACUGGUAACAGUAUGACCAAAUACAUUGAGAAGCUAGAAGAGAUUAAAAAAAAUUAUAGAUACAAAAAAGAUGAACUUUUCAAGAGACUGAAAGUUACCACCUUUGCCCAGCUGGUCAUUCAAGUUGCUUCCCUGUCAGAUCAAACACUGGAAGUGACAGCUGAGGAGAUUCAAAGGCUUGAAGACAAUGAUUCUACAACUUCAGAGGCUGAUGCUGAAAUUGCUGCCAAGACCAAUGGAAAAGGGAGCCCUGGGGAGCAGUCACCCAGUCCUGUCCAGUUCAUCAACAGCACUGGAGCAGGGGACUCCAGCCGCUCCACUCUCCAGAGCGUCAUCAGUGGCGUUGGGGAACUGGAUGUAGACAAAGGGCUAGUGAAAAAAGAAGCGCCCAGUGGGAAAGACAAGCCUUAUCCGGACUGCCCCUUCCUGCUGCUAGACGUGCGUGACAGAGACGCUUAUCAGCACUGCCACAUCGUCGGGGCUUACAGUUACCCAAUUGCAACUCUGUCCAGGACAAUGAACCCCUAUUCAAACGAUAUACUUGAGUAUAAAAAUGCUCACGGCAAGAUCAUCAUUAUGUACGAUGACGACGAGAGGCUGGCGAGCCAGGCGGCCACCACCAUGUGUGAACGCGGCUUUGAAAACCUCUUCAUGCUCUCUGGGGGUCUGAAAGUCUUAGCUCAGAAAUUCCCAGAAGGACUGGUCACUGGUUCCCUGCCAGCUUCUUGCCAGCAGGCCCUCCCUCUUGGUUCUGCCCGGAAGCGAUCCAACCCCAAAAUGCCACCCCUGCCAGCUGAGAACAAGUGGAGAUUUACCCCAGAAGACUUAAAAAAGAUAGAAUGUUAUCUGGAAGCGGACCAGGGGCUGACAGGCAAUCACAGCCGAAUGAACCAGAAUAACUCUGCCGGAAGAGACUUGAAGGUGCCUGCUGGCCGCAGUGGUCAGAACCUGCCUACCGGGGGUCCUGCUAGCCACUCAAACCCCCGCACACUCAACAGUGGUCACCUGCAAGGCAAACCCUGGAAGUGAAGACCUUGUGCCGUUUAGUCAAAUAAAUGUCCCCUCCUUUUGGAACCCCCAGCACUCCCAACUCGGUCAUUUCAGAACUGCUAUAGAGAAAAGCCACACUACCUGGGCCAGACCAGGCCCACCUCUUCCUGUCUGCAGCUUCCCCUUCCUUCACUCAGGAAGGAUUUUGACAGAUGACCACAAAAACCAGAGGCUUGACCGGCUCUAGUGCACUCCCCAUUGUUUACAGGAUAUUCAUGUCUUUUGAAAUUGAAUAGGAAAAAAGAAAGAUACUGUCUGUUAAAUAAGGUCCAGCCUGUUUGGUCUGUAAGCAGUGUUGUUUUGUAAAUAAUUUAGUCACAUCUGCUGGCUUCCAGGCCAGCAUUUUCAUUCUCUGUUGAUUUCAUGAAAGAUUCUCCAGGUGGGCCUGCCCUUGGCGCCUGUCCCCCCGGGGCGGGGGGGGGGUGGUGCAGAUGAGUUUCGGUGCCUGCAGCCCACAGGCCCCACACUGGGCCAGGUGGCUGGCUGAGUCACUUCAUCUACUUGCUGCAGGCUCUGUGCCCUGCAGGCUCUGUGUGUGCUGCAGGCUCUGCUGGGAAUUUGAGGCUGAGGGGUCUGUGAGCAAAGUUCCAUCUUACUGGUUUAUCAGAGAGGCUCUGUCAAAAUGAUCCCCUUGUUAAAUGGUUUCUGAGACCGGGAAGGUGUGUGUUCAGUUGUCCUCACACCAGAAGGAGGCCCUAGUAGACGGAGGUCCCAGCAUCCUACAGGGCUGUGCUAAGAGCCCUGGGAGGCCACCACAGCAGGCCCCCUCCAUUGUGAGCCUUAUUUCAAUUAAAAUUUCCCAUUGUCUAAUUUGAGUCCAGCUGUGUUAGAUGGAUAGCAAUCACAGUCAUGUGAGAGCAUCAGCUCCUCUCAGACAAGGGGAACACACAGGUGAGGAGGACGCAGGAGUCCUUUGUCAGAGCUGACAACCCCUCAAGGCCUUGCUUAAAAAUACAGUAUUAGUCUAAUUGAGUAAUUAGUGCAAUUUCCUGCUUGCUUUUCAUUCUCACGACUGAGCUGUGAUUAGGAGGCUGUGAUUAUAGAUUCUGGUUCUGGCCGGAAUUUUGAAUUGGCAUUAAUUGAAUUGCUAGCUGACUGACAUCCAUUCUCUUUAAUUGCGGGAACAAAAGACCUCAGGUAAGGAUGAGGCGCAUGAAGUCACGGGAAGAAGAGCCCUGUUAAUUUUUAUGGUCUGUGAUCGGAGCUGUGAUAAGGGACUAAGGAAUAAAUUGUGCUCUUUGUCAUGGCAACCAGCUUCUGAAAAGCCAACUGAAAAUUGCCUAUGCUUAGGUGGUUACAGCUGCUGGUAAGAUUUGCCUUAACAGUACUAUUUUCUAACCACUAAAGAAAAAAAGAAAAAAGGAAAAGAGGAAAAGGCCCACAGUAUUUCUAGCAUGAGGCCUGUGUUUGUAAGAGAAAUAAACGUAAUAAAUAUCUCAUGGAGACAUAUGGAAAAAUAACUCAGUCAGCCCAGCUCUGUUUCAGAAUGUGUUUAUUCUUCUCUACUUGAUUUCCAAAGUGCAACGUUUUCCAAUGCUUUAGAAAUCAAACAAACCAGGGAUAUUGUUCAGAUGUCAAGCCGUGCCCAAUUUUCCACAAGAUUCGAGAAUCUUGAACAAAACUCAGCCAACGUACACAUAGCUUUAAUGAGAAGCCUGUCAUGUUUCCCCAUAAAUUUAUUGCCUGAGAACUUAGUUCAGCCUUUUGCUAAUGCCAAAAUGCACUGGCUUUUUAUUUUCUUUGCAGAAUAGAUAGAAAAAUGCAAUUUUUUCCACAUUCGACUUUCCCCUAGCAUGGACAAGAGUUUCAGUCAUCUUUGACAUUCCUAAGGAAGUAUUUUCCUCGGCGGCAAAGUUCUGGUUUGCCGCUUUACACGGGCUAGUCAGGAGGGCAGACCUCCUGACCCAAUUCCGAUUUGAAAGUAAAGGGCAGUUUCCUCUCGUUCCUCUCCUGCAUUCCCACCAAUGGACGGUAGUGUUGGGAAGUAUUGUGUGGCCGUGCAAAGCUGGCUUAGCUGGCUUAGUCAGCCUCGCUGCAUUCGCUGGCGUGGUCCAUGUGCUUCUUCUCCACAGCACUUUGCCCCAUUGGCAGAGCCCGAUCUGAAUCUGCACUCAGUGUUACUCUCCGACGCUGUUGCUUCCUGACAUUCUGCUUUACCAGUUUCUUCAUUAGAUUAUUUGACAUGUAUUAUUUAAAUGAUCAUUGAUACUUUGUGCAAUUAUGAAUGUUGAAGAUUAAAGAACGUAGUUACUAAUUUGUCGUUUGCUAUUAAUGUGCUGAAACCUGCCAACUUCUCUCUUCCUCUGUCAGAAUGAUUUGGGGGAGCCCCAAGAGACUAGAGUGAUUUGAAAGCGUACCUCUUUUUACUGCAUUUCCCAGAAAGGCGUAUGCUCUUUGCAUCAAUGAAUCUGGAAAUCAUUCCAGUUUAGAGCAAGAGAGCAUAGCUUUCUAGUCAGGAGCCUGUGUUUUUCCUGGAACUCGGGCAGGGACAGAUUGCUACCUUGGACGACUGUCUUACGGCUUUCGUGCCGUUGUGUUGGGGGCUGGCUUGUUCCCCUGUCUGGAGGUUUGUGCACUUCGUGAGGAAGCUCCUUGAUAAUGUAUGAUGGCCUUCCCUCUACCCAGUAUCUCAGAGGGGAUAUGGAUUUAAGAAAGAGAGGCCAUUAAGGGGUACUUAUUUAAGAGGCCAGGCAGGAAGGAAGCCAGGAAACAAAGGAGGGAAGAUAGAAAAGAGGCAGGAAGUGGCCUGAGAGCGAGGAAGGAAAAAGCUACACUGUUCAUUCAAAAGCGGGAACAUCCUGGGCUGUAACAUCAGGCUGGGUCUAUUGAAAUCUGUGGCAUGAGUAAAUAGCCUAAAAGUAAUUUUCUUUUUCUCUUUCUCUCUCUCUCUGUGGUGGAAAGCCAAAGCCGACAGUCAUAUUGGACUUGAUAUAAACAGGAAUUAGAAUAAAUAAUGUCCGUUAGUUCCUCAGGGAGUUUUUCCUGUGGUGCUGUUUAAAUUAUACAGAACUUAAGACAUUAAGCUACUCAAAAGCAAACAGAACAAAACAAAACCCCCCUCUUCUCUGAUUCCCUUGUGGGGUAUAAGUUGUCAGAAUCCUGGGCUGGAAGAAGUAUGUCAGUGAUUUUUCAUGUUGCUUUUCAUUCCUGCCAGCUUGUUUACUGGCUGAGAAUCUGUCUUUUCUGUUGUCUGACAUGUUUAAGGGAAUAACUAAUUUCAGUCCACCUGGACGUAAAUCCACGAUGACCUCUUCCAGCUCAAGCCUGAAGGUAAGCAGCCAUUAAGAACAUUUGACACACUGUUGAAUGUCUUUAGUGUGCAUGUAUGGUCUUCACAAUUCUUUCAAAUAUCCAAGUCCCGUAACGUCUCUCUCCAAAACAAACCCAGAACCAUGUGGAUUAUAAUUCAUCAAUUAAAUUAUGUGAACAUGUUGAGUACUUAUACGUAAUUCAAUUAUUUUUUUAUAAACAAGGAUAUUUCUCAUGGAAAAAGCAAUGAACAAGGCCCAAUGUGCUUCCCAAUGUUCAAAAUAAAUUUGGGUGGUUGAAUUUUUCUAAACUUGUAGUAAUUAUUGAAAUCAGGGGCUGGGGAUGGUUCACUGGGUAAACAUGAGAAUCUGAGCUGAGAUCCCUAGUACCUACAUAAAAGGCAGAAACAGAAGGAUCCCAGGGACUUGCCAAGUCACUGAGGUCCAGGUUUGGUGGGAGACCCCAUCUCAUAAAGUAAGGGAGAGAACAACUAAGGAAGAUCUCUAGCCUGCAUGCACACACAUGAACACAUCUGCACGGACAUGUUUACAUACAUACACCACAAACAAAAAUUACUGACAUUAUUAUGGCGUCCUUAAGUUGGACCCCAAGUCAGAUACAGCAUUUUAAAAAUGUACCAGUAAAAGUUUAUCUAGCCUGAAUUCUUUUGUUUUAUUUUAUUUUUUUUCUGAGCUAUAUAUUUUCCUCCACUCCCAUCCCUUCCUCCCCCCUCCCUUUCUACCCUCUCCCAUGGUCCCCACACUCCUAAUUUACUCAGGAGAUCUUGUCUUUUUCUACUUCCCAUGUAGAUUAGAUCCAUGUAUGUCUCUCUUAGGGUCCUCAUUGUUGUCUAGGUUCUCUGGGGUUGUGAAUUGUAGACUGGUUUUUCUUUGCUUUAUGUCUAAAAGCCACUUAUGAGUGAGUAGAUAUGAUAUUUGUCUUUCUGGGUCUGGGCUACCUCACUCAAUAUGAUGUUUUCUAGAUCCAUCCAUUUGCCACCCAGCCUGAAUUCUUGAAAGAACAGGAUUCAUCACACAGUUUAUGUGAGUUCACAAACCUCUUCAUGGGUUCCACUGGUCCCCUCAUGGCCUCAUUCUGGUGCUGAUGUAGAAGCCCAAGUCCCUUCACCUGUACAGCGUCCUGACUCCUGGUAAAUUGUAUCAUAAACAGAGGUCACUUACUUAGGGGCCAUUGAUGGCUGGACCACAUUUUUACAAGAAAAUCAACAUGACUUCCCUUUGAAAUUUAGACAAGAAGCUCUCCCAGGGUCUGCUUCACCGACUCUGUGGCAGUGGUCCUUAAGUAAAUAAACUCUCAGGACUGUGCCUGGUUGGGGCGUGGUGGCCACUCUGCUCUUCUGGAGACCCAGAGAGCUCAUUAUGUCUUGUCUCCUGUGCAGCUUCCUCUUCUCCAGGCAUUUGCAGCCACGGCUUUUCUCCCCUCUCCAGAAGGUACCCAGAGAGCCGGCCUGUGAGCUAUUUUGCCUGUUUUCACUGUUCUUUUAGUAGCCUUCACAAUUCAUCAUUACAGGUAACCUGCACUGCCUCCACCUAAAGGGUUGUUU